GUGGGAGCCUCAAAGGGAAGGAGAUGAUGAUGACCCGGAAAGAAAGGGCAAAAGAAGAGAAGAGUUCAGAAGGUAAGGGGUAAGUUCGUAAUUAGCAACUCCAUGUCUCAAGAAAAGAGAAGCGGUUAGUUAAACGUGCAAGAAGCAGCCUCUCCACACACGAAAACCGCGACAUCAUCAAAAGAGGACAGCCCAACAAGCUUUUGCUUUCCAUGCCAAAAUAACCCUCUUGAAAUCUUGGUCGUAAUGUUUCACCGUCUUCCGUCGCUAAUGGAGCCGUUUCUCCGCAGAGUCUCGGCGCGUUGGCCGGUCAUCGUUCAGGCUACAACGUGGACGGUGAUCCUCAUGUUCACCGUGGCAGCGGCUUCUUUCGCUCCAGAGUUGGCGUUUGUGUCUACGGUGUCGUCUCCGUGCGGCGGAGGGGAUGGGUUCGUGAAGAUUCCGAUGGAUUUUCCGGGGGAGAGUGUGUGUGUUCCGUCUCACAUGGUGAAGAGAUCGCGUUUUGAUUUGUUCGUGCCUUCUAUUUUCGCGGGGGUUAUGGUGACGGCGUCGGCUUGUUUGAUCCGAUCGUGUUUUGGGACAGAGAACGUGGACGAUGUAUGAAAAUUGUAGUAAAGAAUUUUUUUCUUUUAUUAUAUAAAAUAACCGCAAAACUGCAUAUGUGCACCAUUUCGUCGUCCAAAUUCAGACAUUAUACGCUGA